AUUCAGCCGAAGAAAAUCCUUGUUGUACUUUUUUCCUGGCGCUUUUAACCCAUUCGCCCCUGAACCGCCCGUAACCGCCUGUGCGGAUCCAGGUCCUUUCUACCCUUUGUGACGUCAUCAGUUUUAACGGUCAAGGACAACUUUCUUCGCUAACUUGUGCAGAGUGAAGAGAUCUUUCAAACCAUACCAGAAUGAGCACAAUUCAGUCAAGGACACCGGAGAAACAAGCAAAAAACCACGUGACAAGGACCUGAAAAUCUCCAUGAACAUCUUGUUCCAUUACCCACCUCCCUUUCCUUUCACCUAAUCCUAAGAUCCUAAAAGCUUUCCUAAAAACUCUUCCCACCAAAAUGAAGCCUACUAAAUGCCCAGCAAGAGAAAAAAAAAUGAGGCAAGAAAAGCGAAAAAAGAAGGGAUGAGAGAAAGCGAAAAGUAAAAGUCAAGACUGCUGUGUCACUUUUAAACCCAAAAACUAUCUCGAAAUUUUGCUUUCUGCGCAUGCCCGAACUUCGCAAGCUGAUAUUUUGCAUCUGGAUCAGAAGGCUGCCAAGUGUACGACCUGUAAACCGGUUUGUGUUAAGUUUUAGCUCUUUAUAGCAUGACAGUGACCAGAAAACCACUCGACUAGCUUCAAAACGCGUUUUUCGGCAAAAUCUCCAGGAGCGAAUGGGUUAAUAUCAAGCUCGUCAAUUCUUUUAUCCUUGUUGACACUCAUAUUAUGAAUUGUCUUGCAAGACACAAAAGCCUUUCUUUAUUCUAAAAGAGAGCAGUAAGUGCCAUAAUAUAAAUUAAUGAGUUAAGAAUCAUGUUGUAAUGUUUUGUUUUGGUUUGCAAUCGAUCCCGCACUUCAUCAACACAAAUGCGUCCUACUUCAACACACAUAGGUUGGAGAGUGAAGGAAAAUUUUCCUGAAACUUUUAAAUCUCAGUUGGAAAAAAAUAAAAAUGUUAUUCAGCGACCUAGGUCAGUCCGUAUUGGGAGAAACUUUGCCCUCGGUCUGAGUAGUCAAGACCUCAGGCACAGUUUCUCCCAAUAUGGACCUCCCAGCUGGUGAAGAACAUAUCUUAAUUCCGUCUAAUCUAUCGUAAAUUGGCUAAAAUACAAAAAAAUAUUACUAAGAAAAGAAUUCACAUGUCCUGAAUGCAAUAUUCAUUGUUCAUGACUGUAGGAUGUGUCACUUUUUUUUGGGGGGGGGGGCACUUUUUUCAUUCUUUGUUUUUCUUUCAUUGCAUUCAACUCGUCAUUGUACUUGUGCACUUUGUGGUUUUCCUCUAGAGAACGACUGUCCCCUAGCUAAAAGUAACAAAAGCUAUAUUGAGUGAGUGCCCAAAAGGGGGAGUAAAUGGACAAAAAUGCGUGAUUUGACCAAAAUACAUCAACCCAAAAGAAUUUAAUUUGUCAAACUUAACUGACAUGGACACAAUUCAAUUUCCACUCUUUACUCACAACUUGGCUGCAUUAAAAAUAAGCCAAUUUGUGCUUAUUCACAAGAUUAUUUUUAACAAAGUUUAGUCCAAAUGGCGAGGUAUCCAAAGCCCACAAAGACGCAAUAAAUUUCCUUUAAAACAACAACACAGAGGUUACAGUCAACGUUCCAUAUAGUGAUCCAGAUACAUCAGUGCACUAAGUCAUAAUCAACAGAUCUUCCUAAUGAGUUCACGAGAUAUGAGAGAGUCAAAUAGUAGUAAGACUUACAGUCUUGUUAUGCAACAUCAAGUAAAAGCGUCCGGAAUAUUGUUUAAAGAGCAAAGGAUAUCCACAUCAAAUUUGAGUCAAUCACUCGUCAUUUUCAAAGUCCUUUGGGUUUUUUCUGUUUCUUCGUAUGAAGUCGUUGGUUCCCCAGUUGUAGAUCAAUACUCCAGUAAUUAUUGCCGGCAACUGGUAAGGCAACUGCCACUUCACUCGUCGCACAAAAUUGGCGAGACUCUUGGUAAACCCAGCGAAAGCACGCUGCUCAAAUGGAGACAAGGAAUAGGUAAUUAUAUUCUUGGACCAUCCAAUCGCACCCCAUUUUCUUCCCAUCUUGAACCAGAAACUCCAAAAAGACGGAGAAAUCGUCAAAAGUUGGAAUACGAAUACAACUCAGUCCAAUAUGGCGUCUGCUACAACCGGUCUUUUUGAGGAGCGCGAAGGCUUAUGGUAUUGAAGGUAUCUUCGGAAGAUCUCUCUCACCGAGUUUCUACGACGAUUUUUCAACGAUCUCGUCCGGAAAGGGUUGAUUGCGGGCUCAGGGUGACGGAAGUUUUGUGAAUUUUCGUGACCCGGAGAUUUUCCGCUUUGGUGAAAGGUACUUUGCAGCAGCAAACCUUGAUACAUUUAUUUCGAUUUGGCCCCGUGCGACUGAACACGUAUAUGAAUAUCUUACCAAGCUUUCUUAUGCUGUCAAAUUGCUCGUUUUACUAUGGAAGAGAGAAGCACAAGCGAGCGAAAGGAACGCUACAGGCUUGUUGUUCCAAAACAUGCUCAAACUAAAGAUCGUCUUCGCGACCCUCAUUCCAAACACAACCGCGGCAACGCGAUCAAGACUACAAAAUAUUCAAUAUGGUCUUUUCUUCCCAAGAACUUAUUCGAGCAGUUCCAUCGCUUCGCGAACAUUUACUUUUUGGUCAUAGUUAUUUUAAAUUUAAUCCCAGAAAUAAAUGCAUUUGGGAAAUACAUCGCUAUGGCGCCUUUGAUUUUCGUGUUGUCAGUGACCGCAAUCAAAGAUUUGUUUGAAGAUCGCAGACGUUACAGAUCAGAUAAAGCAGUGAACAACAGUACUUGCUUUGUUUUCAACAGGUAAGAAUUUUCUCGUCAAAUUUAUUGUAUAAAUAUAUCUAAUGGUUGUAAGUUUUCGUGGUUUUCACUUUUUUGUGUCGAGCUAUUAGCUUAACUUAAUUUCAAUAUUUAAAAUUCUACUUACUUUAUCUUUGGUCAACGUGUAAUUUUCAUACAGUAGUCGAUGAGUCUUGGGCUUAAAAGCUCUCAAGUUCUCCUAAGGGCUUAAUAGUAAUGAAGUUUGUUAAAAUUGUUCAACAGUCAAUUAAAAGAUGUUGAAGUUGAUUCAAUUAGAGCUUUACUUUUGCUUUCAUUUUUACUCCCUGAGUUCAAAUUUUAUUUUUUUGUCCUUGCAAAUCAUUGUCUUGCAUUUAAUACCUUACCGAGAAAGAAAGUAAAAUAAAAUUGAACCAAAGCUAAAAUUCACCCUUAACAGAUACAUGAAUGGGUAAAGGUAAUCUAGUUAUUGUAUAUUUUAUUAUUUGGUAAACCUCUAUUCUACAUUGUGGUAGACAAAACCAUUUCAUCCAGGAGUAGAUAAAUUUGCAACAAUUCAUUUGCCUGUUUGAAUUUUUUAAUGCUUUUAAGUUUAAAACCAAUGAAAAAAAUUCCACAGGCAAAUGGGACAGCUAUAGGGGCUUGCUGAGAAUGACCAGAUCUUAAAGCGUCUUUCCUCAUUUAUAGAAUUUAAAAUUUGCAGUUACAGUAUGAAAAAUGCAUGAAUAAUAAUCAAGAAAACCUGUGUGCAGAUACCAUCUAUAUUCUUGCAGCAUAAACCAAACAGAUGUUGUCUGUAUGCAGACCCUUGGGAAUAACAUUAAACAUUAGUUUUUUAAAUUUAUUUGCCAUUUAAGUCACAUUUCAUUCACUGUACAUCUACACUAUACUAACUACAUGACAUAAAAUGGUAUGCACAACCCUCACAGAACAUGUGUACCCGUGUAAGAAUUGUUGUUAUUAUUAUUGUUUAGUAAUCUUUUAUUUAUAACUUUAAUAUUCAAUUUUUGCAGACGGGAAGGGGGACACAAAUUCAAAGCACUUUUGGCUUUAUUAAAUUAUGUGAAUAAAUUUAUCUACUGUUGAAAAGAGGUUUUUCCUUAAGACUUUAUGUGUGGAUAGUUAACGUGAAUGAAGGAAUUUGUCUUAUUUCCCAUCUAUCAAUUUUUUGCAACCAUUACUCGAUGAUGUGACGUAAAAUAAUGUCACUUUUUCCUGAAGUAUUAGCCCUUCAUAAUAUAAUGACCCAAUAUUCAUUCACCAGCUGUUUUAUAUACAGGAUGUAUUGCAGCCACUUCACUUUACUCUUUUAACAAUAUCUUUCCUUUCCCAGCCACUGGACUAGCUUUCACUAAUAGAUGACUGUCCUAAUAGAUAGCAAUGUAACCUUACCAAAAGAUUCCUACAGUUUGUAAUAUUUAGUGAACCUAGAGGGUAUUAUAUUUGUUUGUCAGAAUAAAAAUGGCAAGAGUAAUUAUUAUCUUAAGAGUUACCAUUAACGAUGAUAACAUGUAUUUGUCAACUUGAAUCCCUUUCAAGUUGUGACUUUUUAUUUUGUGUGUCAAAUUAAGGAGACUAUUAUUUCAAUCAGAAAUUUGUGUGAUUGGCACAGGAAAAUUAUUCUAUAGUGAUAUUGUAUGAUGACAAGACAGAAAGAUUCCAAUGUCAUUAUUUCCUCACAGUCAUAUUGGCCUUUCAGAAAAUCAUGGCCCAAUAUCCACAUCCAUUGCAUUAAUACUGCUUUACUAACAUGAACAUUAACACCACUUUAUGUAUCUGUUAAGUGUAUUUUCUUUGAUUUGUUUGAUUAAAACUGUAACAUUCAAGUGUCAUGUGGUUGUGAAAGGACAGCUUAGCUAGUUUAUUGUCGUUGUUUAAUUUAAGAUUCCCAUUUAAGUCACUAGUAGUCUAUUUGCUGGUUAAUGUGCCCAGCUAAUAAUAUACCCCUUUGAAGACCUCACACACUCUCCUGUCCCCCCCUCUCCCUUCAAAUGGCUGCUGUCUGUUAGCUGGGACCAGGGGAUGUGUGUAAGCUAAAACUUACAUGAUGCAAUCAACUUACAAAUAAUAAUUGUAUUGACAUUAACAUUAAUUUACAGUAUAUAUGACUUUUUUUCUUUGCCUCUCCUUUUCAUAUUUUUUUCCUUUUUCCUUUGCAUUUUUUAGUCUGACCAAUUGCUUCAAUGUUACAAAACUUGAAACUUGAAACUACAGCUUACACUGUAUUUGCCGUAGCUUUUUUCCUUUCUCAAUCAGAUACAAGUCAUGUAAUAAUGUCAUCAUGUUUUAUCACUUUCAGUGAAACACAUGAAUACCAGAAGACAGCAUGGAAGAAGGUAGUAGUUGGUGAUUUCAUAAAGCUGCAGAGUGAUGAGAUCAUCCCUGCUGACUUGCUGUUGUUAAACUCAAGUGAUGCUAACUCUAUAUGCCACAUUGAAACAGCCAAUCUUGAUGGAGAAACCAAUCUUAAACAGAAAGAAGUUGUCAAAGGGUUAAAUUUAGUAAGUCAACUUACAUGUACCACAACUGUGGUCAUUUUUAAAUCUGCAGUGCUGCAUAAAGUUUGGGGGGGGGGGGGGGGGAUGGGGGAAUCUUUGGUUUGAACUCCCCCAACUAACCCCUAUAUAAGGAUAUUGAGCUUCCAUGGGUGUAAAUGGGUGGUGUUUUACGGAAGUAUUAAAGAGGCUUUCUGGAUCUGCGCAUUUAAUGUCCAACCUAUGAAUCAGACUGUACAAUGCUAGGGAGGUUUCAAAACAUUACAUGGGCCCUUAAAGACAAACAUUUAAGUCCAUUUUUAUUAAUGAUAUGCAUACUAAGGCUUUUCUGUCAAUUUCCUUUUGUUUCUUUGACCUUUUCUGCUGCGUACUUGAUCUGAAGCAGAGGAAAAAUCCUCCUUUAAAUUCUUCCUGUCAAACCACAUAAUAAUUCUGAAAAUCACUUUGCUGAUCACUCCUGAUUUUGAGCUAAUAUCAUUCCAUAUGUUAUUAACUUGUAACAUAAAAGUAGUUUAAUGUUUGGCAAGUUUAUUCAUUCCAUGCAUGGUCAUAGCUCUUAUAACUCCUUUUUUCAGAGCAGUCUUAAAUUCUUGCCAAAUAGUUUCAGUGUAAUUAAAAAAAACUUAAUCUGAUUGUAUUACCUUAAAAAUGGCUUUAGAAGUUUCCUUCAUAAGUAUCCUGACAAGCAGUCUGAGUUUACUUAAUUAUCCUAUGCAACAUCACUGUUUGAAUGCUUUCCAUACACUGCUGUCUUUGUUUUGACAGGAUAAUUCCAGAUUUUUGCCAGGAGAAUUCCCCUAUGAACUGAAGUGUGCUGAGCCUGAUCAUCACAUACACAGGUUCCAUGGCACAUUGUAAGUAAACCUAUUCGUAAGUAGGGUGAAUGUAGUUCUAGACAGGACUGUUUUGACAGUGACUGAAGUUUUGAGAACCAGUGCGGUAGUCUUUAGAGUCAAAGUUAGUUGUAUUGCUUCAUGCCGGAUCAGUUGAUGGGAUUGUUAUCAUCCUGUGAUUGGUCUAUUAAGUCGCAAUUUUUAUUGUUCAUCUGUCAGUUAAGCUGUGAUGUUUUUGGCUAUGAAGACUCAUAAUGUCAUUGAUGCAUUUUGAUCUGUCUAUGUCACAGUUAAACAGUCAUUUAUUGUUAGUCAAACAGUUGGUUGUCUAGUCAUUUUCUCCUAGUUAGUUCUGGUUGAGUCUGUCAAAGGUUUGUUUGGUGGUGGUAACUGUUGACUAAGAUUCAGUGGUGUUUGUCCUAAGUUAGUAAACCAGUUUUCUAAAGUGAGUCAUUGAUUACAUAAUGCAUGUCGCAGAGUCCCAGUCUAUUUCAUGCUUCAUCUGUAAAUGGUAUUCAGCAAUGUGAUAGUUGACAUCACCAUUUCUUGUUGCUCAUUUGUGUUCAGUCAGUUAAGAUUUCUUCUGGUUUCACCAAUGUAAGUGGCCUGCCAGUUGCAGCAUUUGAUCUUGUUUACUGCUUCAAGUCUGUCCUCCAGUUUGUCUUAAUUGCCCUUGAUAUUAGUAAGUAGUAGUGUAAUUUGUUAUCAGUUGGUGUGCAAUGUGUAUAUUGUAAAGUUGUGGUGUACGUGCGUAAUGCAGGCAAAAUUUUGGCAGAGGAGUUGCUAGCCAUGAGGAGAAUGGGGAGGUGCUUGCGUCUUGCAGCUAAGGUGCAGAAAAACAAUUCUGCCAGCUACAUAGGCUAUUAUUAGUGUCAGGUAUCUUGGAGGGGAGAGAGGUAAGAGUCAUGGUCUGUAAACACUUGACUGAAUUGUUUAACACUACGACUAUAAAAGCCUCCAUCCAGAGUUUGUAGAUGUAUAUUGGACCUGGUAACUAGUGAAUUAGUGCACUAACUUGCAUAACUCUAGCAAGCUAGUUUUUAUUUUUCUUCCACCACUGGUUCAAAACCCAUUUUAUGGAAACCUCAUCCAAGGUUACAUGUACAUUGUAAGUAUAUUAAGUGGCAUAAAAGUCAUUUCUGUCCAAAAAGCACUGCACAAGAAAGUAAUCUCUGUAUAUAUUGGCCAGCAUAAUAUUAGGGGUGAGUAUGACUGACUAGAGGGGAUUAUACUCCACAAACUACUUGAAACGUAUUAUUUUGCCCAUAGCAUGCAAGCAGGGGCUCUGGGGCAGGGUAGUAAAGGGAGAGAGAGCUUGCAGUCACAUCUCAGGAAUUUGAAUUCUGCCUCCAGUGCCCCCAGUAGCUCACUGUCGGCUGAGUUGUCAGAUUUUGGUCAAACAGUGCAGAAUGGAAAUGAGUGCUGAAUGUAAACAAACAUUGAAAUGUUCCUGAAAAAUAAAUUUCUUUCGAUCAAACAAAGCCCUGAAAGCACAACUGCAGAGCUAGGGAAUAACAUAAAAUCAUUGGGUUCUCUCUCCUUCUCCUGCCCUGACCCCAAAGCCCCUCAGGGGUACCCCACGGCCCCCCUCACAGAGCUUGCUUGCAGGCUAAUUACGUUGUCAAGUCUCGACAGGUUUGGUAAUUAAACAUUAAAGGAAAGAAGACCAAUCUCGCUAAUAAAGUAACUGCAUGCUUCUUGAAUAUUGACUUUUCUAUACUCUGUCUUUAUGUCAGGAUUCAUGAUAAUGGAAGGGAGAUUUCUGUUGGCAAGAACAAUUUACUCUUGCGUGGUUGUGUCAUUCGCAACACUGACUGGGUGGAGGGAAUGGUUGUCUAUGCAGGUCAGUUUCCAAAUUAAAUGAUAGGAAAAAGUCUGUUCAUGUUCAUGUGAUGACUAAUCUUUCAUGGUUUGUGAAAGGUGAAUCUAGUUAGUGUUAAGAACUUCAGCUGUUUAACCUAAAAAUCUAAAAAUUGGCCUGCACAGGCCAUAUAAAAAGCAAUUCUUGGAUGUUUCAACAUGUCCUUUGCUACAGCUGUACAUUGCAGAUAAAGUAGAAUUCCAAUUUCUCUAACCCUUGAUUUUUCGAAAUUCCUGAUUAUUCAAACCAAACAUAACUUCCCUUUACCAGUCAAACGCGUUAAUUUUACCCCUGGGGUUUUCAAUAUGUCCUCCCGAUAAUUCAAACCAGUUUGCUUCUCUCAAGGUUGUUCCAAAAAUCGGGAUUCCACUCUAGAUGGCCGCUUCACCCAAUGUAAUCCAGAUUGUUAUGUAAUCCAGAUUCCCCAAAUCCGGGAAAUUUUUGCUUGUGGAAUUCAGACUCCGGGAAAAUUUUGCUUGUGGAAUCCAGACUCCUAGGCUUUGGAAUCUGAAAUCUUGCUCAAAGAAUCCGGAUUCCCACUAAUGAUUGGAAUCCGGAAUCUGAGUUCCACUGACCAAAAACUGGAAUCCGGUAUCUGGAAUCCCCAAUCUACAGUGCGGAAUCGAGAAUCCAAGACUGUCAAGGGCUUCCUGGAUUGCCUUACACAUGGCGAGCUACUUGAGUCUGGGUAUUGUUUAGUUGAUUGUCUGUGCCAUCCUUCUCUUUCAGUCACAGCUUCUGCCUGCUAAAAUGUUCUUGAAUGUAAUGUACAUUCACUUGACCGGUAACUACAUGUAAUAUAAUACAUUUCAUUAUAUUCCAGGCCAUGACACAAAAGCUCUCAAGAAUAACAGUGGUCCGCGAUACAAACGCAGUAAGGUUGAAAGAGACCUCAACAUGGAUGUUAUUGCUUGUGUUGUCAUCCUCUUUGUUCUUUGCUUUCUUGGCGCAGUCGGUAAAUAUUUCAUUUCUAUUUAAACGAAAACAAAAAAAACAGUGCCAGUAAUAUACUUUUAGAUUUAAUGAUACGGACAAUCCAUAAUGCCGACAAAAAAGGUUUAGAGCUUAGGGCUUUUGCCCGGGGGGGGGGGGGACUCCCAUAUGAAACAGACGGGGAUGCUCGUCGGAAAUUUUGAAUUUAACCCCUAAAGGAGACCAAUCUGGGAGUGGCUUUUGACCCCUAUAAGAGACCGCUUAAAAACACACAAAUACGACAUGCAAUGAGUUUUAAUGAUAUAAAGACAUAGAAAACAAAGUUAAAAAGAAAAUUUGACUUCUGUUUCUCUUCGCAUAAUUCUGCGUUUCUUCGCAGAACCCUAAACGAGACCUUGGUGGCUUAAAAUAUUGGCGCUUUGCCCGGAACACCCUAAGCGAGACCAAAAUCCAAAAUUUACACCCCUAAGCGAGACGACGAGCAUCCCCGUCUGUUUCAUAUGGGAGUUCCCCCCCCCGGGGGGGGGGCUUUUGGUACAGCUUAAUUUGGCUAUUUUGAGCUGGGUUAGUGUUUCGUUGAAUAGCCUUUAUUCACGUUUACGUCAAACGAGCAGAUUUCUCCACCAAGCCUCAUUAUUAAAUUGUAAAGGUGCAAAAGUUUUGCAUGAAUGAAUUGCCAAAGAAGUGGAGUUGAAAAGAAUACCCACGCACAUGGGGUGCAAAAUGCGAAGAGUUUGCUUACAGUCGGGCGACUUACUUGUACCCUGGCUCCAGAGCUUCGUUCGUUUUCAAAUAAACCGUGCUGACGGUUUCAUAAAGCUUCCGAGACUAUUAGGAUUUAGAUAAGAAAAAAAUAACGUCCGGAACACAGGGUAUUACAAAUGAGGCUUGGUGGUGAAAUUUGCUCAUCUUACGUAAUCAUGCAUAAGAGCCAUUGUGCUGUCAUGUGGGACUGCCUUGGGGAAUAAUCGUUUCCUUCUCGACCUCGAAAUAGCCAAUGGAAGAAGUACAUGUAAUAGCAGCCCCCAAUACCAAAACAGUCUCACACUGUAAGGGGUGUGUUAAGUUUCGUAUCUUUGGGUGCGUUCGAUUGAUAUUAUUCCGGAAUAAGAACUUAAACACUACAUACACCGGAAUAUUUUAUUUCAAGCAGAUUUUUAACUUUUGAACGACAUAAUAAGGACGAUUAAAGAUCGAUCGAUUGGGCUGAACUUGUGUUUUUGUAGAAAUAUUCUGUUCGUGUAAUUUCUGUGGCAGUUAUUAUCGCUGUUGUUUAACGAUGCGUAUUUCAUUUAGCCUUUUUUGUGCCUUGAAAAAGAAGGACUAUAUUUUAAUUUCAGCAUACUGUAAUACAGAGUUUUUCAGUCUGUCUUCAGAUUAACUGUCUGGUUAAAUAAAGGCCCAAGCAUGUUCAAUUUUGGACUCGUUGUUGUUUGAACUGGGACUCAACGGUUCUGGCCUGGGGCUCAUGAUUUUUCACACUGGUAUCAAAACUUUUGCGUAUUCUUAAUUCCUUAAUGCGGACAAUUGAACGCACGUACCCUCAAAGCGGUUAAAGGUUGUAAGCUUUGACGGAUCUGUCUUUAUGCUGGCUUAUCUUUCAGGGUGUGGUGUCUGGACGAACAACAACGAUUUUUUCAACAGACAUUUCACUCCUGGCUCUGAAGGUCCUGAUGAACCAUUUGUAAGGGGACCAUUAAUGGAGGCAUUCCUCAGAUUCUGGACUUUUAUUAUCAUUUUACAGGUUUGUACUGAUUCAAAAAUAUUUUAUAGACCUUUCAUUUUCUGGUCCAGUGAGUACACAGAAUGAAAUGGGAUUUCAGGCUAGCGUUUGACAAACUCAAUGAAGUCACUUGGGCGUGGCCGAAGAGAGAACUACAGCAAGGUUGUAUUAGGGCUUAAACGGGGUCAACUCUAUGCUCAAGUCAUUUUUUGUUCCUUUAUAUUCACAAAAUGCUCCUGUAGAGUUAUGGUGAAGAUAUUAAGUGAAUUUUAGCAGAUAGCGCUAACCGUAAUAUUUUUUUGGUGAUUUUUGCGGGCAUUUCAUUUGAACUUGAAAAUGUUGCCCCAACUUUUUCAAGUUUCUAUCCAUGUGCUCACCAUCCGUAGCAACAGACUACAGGAAACAGUUUUAGGGCCUACGAUUUCAAAAUAUAGUCUUGAAUAAUAAAACUGUACCAUUGUUCUUUAUUCUGUUGAUGCGAAGACACAUCUUGACAUUUUAAAAAGAUAGCAAGUAGCAUGACAUAGCGCCCCCCCCCCCCCAUCCUUAAGUAUUUUCAAUACAAUCCCGCUCUGUUUUGAGUUCUUUUCGGUGUCGUGUAUAAGUGAGCCUUCAGUGCUUCUAUUCAGCGUCGCGACGAGUUCGAAACUGGACCAUCAACUAUGACUUUAUUUGAGUAUUUUCUUGUUCAUUAGGUCUUGAUACCCAUAUCUCUUUAUGUAUCCAUGGAAGUUGUCAAGUUACUCCAGGUUUAUUUCAUCUCUAAUGAUCUGGAGCUCUAUUAUGCCGAAAUGGAUCAACCCAUCCUUUGCCGCGCAUUGAAUAUUAAUGAAGACCUGGGGCAAAUCAAAUACGUGUUCUCAGACAAGACAGGAACUUUAACAGAAAACAAAAUGGUGUUUAAGAGGUGCACUAUCGGCGGGCGAAACUUUGACCACAAGGAUAAAUUUGGUACGUAACGUAAUGUAAGGUGUGGGAUUUCAGUUGCCUAGUCCCUGUACGGCGUCUUCCCAUGCCUUCUCGCUCAAUGCAUUUCGGUGACGUAUCCGAGGCGUACAAAAACUCGCUCGGACCACUUGACCCAAAACGCAUCGGCCGCGCGCAAUAAUGAGGCCUAGGAACUAGGCAAGGAUUUCUGCACGUCAUCUACCAGAUAAAACCGAUGAUAAAACACGAGUUUCCCCAGUGAUUUUUAAAUAUCCCUUCGUAAAACUAGUCUUCCUAUGUUGAUGGUGCCUUAACCGAUUAGGAACGGAAAACCGUUCUUAGUCAAAUUGAGUCUGUAUAUGUAACACACUGCAACACUUUGCAAAGUUGAUUAUUGAGUAACAAGGUCUUAAAAUGUUUUUCGCAUCGCCAUUGCACGCCGUUUUAGCUUGUGGUAGGGCCUUAAGUUAUAAACAAAAAGGGCCUACAUUAUUCAGUGACUAUUUUCUACAAUGAGUUGUCCUUAUGAUUAUUCAGUGAAUUUCCUACGAUUGGUCCUACUUAAGAUUUUCUCCAGCUUAGGGUCCCUAACUUAAUGCUAAGCUAAUGGUAACUUACCAAGAGAGGUGAAUGCUUCAAACUUCAGCUACUCAGUGAAUACGUCUCUGUGUCUGUGUUUGUGGUUUGCUUCUUUUACUAUACAGUUGUAAACGUUUUGGCACCAUUUUUGUCUCUAGGUGCAGAUACUGUAGACUCAUCAGCCGCUGAUCAAAUGUACCAGCAAAUUUCCGAGGAACCAAAGGUAAAAAAGCUUUAUCUCAGAGGCAGUGUACAACAAUAACAGAAUUCCCAGUUCUUAGCCUACGCUCACACGGCACCGGUCGAAUUUUCGACCAGUUGAGCUUGCGUUUUGGUUUUCCGUACGAAAACUUAGGUUUAACCGUUUAAAGUUCAGAUUUCAAGGCAAUAUGAAGUAUUGACCUUGUCCCCUUGAAAAACCAGCAAGUUCACUUAAGAUAGAAAUAUGUUAGGAAAAAGCAUAAAUAAAGUACAACUGUUGUUGUGUUUCGCUCUCUUUCGUAACCAAUCAAAACUAACAUUAAAACUAAUCUUAACCUGGGGCCCGGUUUCUCGAAAGGCCCGGAAACUUUUUGGGCCCGAGUGCAAAUUUUGAAAUCAAAACUUGUUGAAUAGUAGCACCACACAGUUCCUAGUUCACAAACCACUCCAUUUCGCUGAUAGUUUCAUUGUAUCAUUGUCAAAAUUAUUGAAAGUGUGAUCUUGAAUGUAAAUACAGCAAACACUAAGAAGCUUUCCGGGCCUAUUAGCUACCAGGACUUUCGAGAAACAGGCCCCUACACGCGUCCGUUUCCUACGCUUUGCGUAUGCUUUAUGCAUUUGCUCGAAUUUUAAUUGGCUCCUUAGCCUGCGUAAAAGGCGUCGAAAGAGGAAGAGGAUUGGGAGGAAGAGAAAAAAAGGAGGGGGAUUGGGGCGAGAGGGUUAGGAACACCUGCUAUAAGAACCCCCUUUUUUUCAUUUCUGCGGACGCUGGCGUCCGCUAAUUCCUGAUUGGUUCCCUUUUCCCUUUUCCCUUUCGUGCUUUUUUCCCCGCCCCCUCCCCUUUUUGCGCCUGCUACGCAGGCUACUGGCUCCUUAGUUUGCCUGGAUCAUUUAUGAUUGGCUAGAGUUAGAGUACCUGUUUACGCGCGUAGUUUCAUGGUAACGAUGCCUUACACUUGUCUUGCAAUCGUAUCUUGUCUGUGACGUGUCUGUGUCUGUUUUUGGGCGACAAACAUUCUUGAGGCAAAAAAUCCGCACUGCUCUUCGAGAUGUAGUGGUUGAGUGCUGUUUUCCUUAUUCGUAGGGAGAAGAAAUCUACUGGGAUAAAGAGCUAGCAGCUGCAAUAGACUCAACCAGCAGAGUUGGGUAUUACUGUGGACCAGAAAGCUCAUAUCUUAAAGAGUUCUUCAUUCUCCUUGCUAUCUGCAAUACCGUAGUCGUGUCAACGGGAAGAUCAGACACAGAAAACAACCCAAAUUCACCAGAACCAACUACAGAUAACACAGAUUUACCUAGUACUCCUGAUAAAAAUCAUGUUCCUUUAGAUCUAGGAGAGUCUGGCUCUCUAAACAAUUAUUUAAGUCCUGACUAUGGCUCAACGCGUUCAGGUUCAAGUAACGCAAUCUCGGGGUGGGAUAAUUUGGGAGUGACAGCAACACCAGUUAAACCGUCCCUAGAGAGUAUAUCAAAGAGACAGAAGAGUUGUUCGUCUUUGAUAGAAUCUGCGGACGAAGGUGCGCUCAACGCCGCCAACCGUGAAAUCAUUUACGAGGCCGAAUCACCUGACGAGGCAGCGCUCGUGAAAGCGGCGCGUUUAUACGGCUAUGUGCUUCUGUCGCGUAGUCCAGAGAAGGUGACGUUGUUUAUACCAGGAGAGGGCGAAGUCACAUAUGAAGUGCUUCACGUGCUUCAGUUUGACUCUUCACGUAAGCGGAUGUCCGUUGUCGUCCGUCGUCAAGAUGAUAGUAGUAUUAUAAUGUACUGUAAGGGAGCGGACUCGGCCGUUCUGCCAAAACUGGAGCGAGCCAGUGAGCAGUUUGUGCCUGAUGACGUCGAUGCGGGCGAUGGAGGAGGGAGUGCCAGACAAGGCACCAGGGGCUCGUUAGUUGAAGAAACUGUAAAACAUUUGGAUCUUUAUGCCAGAGAUGGGCUCAGGACAUUGUGUAUGGCAAGAAGAGUAAGUAAUGUUCUGUGUGAGCGAGCAAAACACAAUGGAAUACCAACCUUUUAAGCGCAGUUUUUUUUUAUUAUAAAUGAUUGCUGAAGUUAAGAAAUACAGAUGAUGUAAACGGGAUGCUAGUCACUUUUUCUCAAGGAACAUCUAAAGUUGUUUUCUGAUUAGAUUUUCUUCAGUUCAGGUACGAAAUUUAUGAAAUUUCUUUAGGAUCUGCAGACGCACGCCACACCGAACACAGAAAGGAGCAGGAACUUCAUUCGCAUUCACUCAGGGCCCCAACAAACAUUUCAUCAAUGAGAUCUGGCUCUUGAUGGACCAAAUAAUUUAGUUAGGUAUUUCUAGCUUUUUUAAACGAAAGAGCAAAGUUUCUUAGUUUUUCUAUCAAAAAAUAUCAUUUAAAAACGGGGUUAGGUGUGACUUCUUUCGCCACAGCUGUUUAUUUUAAUGCUGUGAAGAGAUUGAUUGGAUACAAAUUACUGUCUGUUUUCAGCAUUUAUCGGACAGUGACUAUGAAGAGUGGCUAGAACAGCACCGACAUGCGGAAACAGCACUCCACGAUAGAGAAAGAUUGCUACACCAGUCAGCCCAUAAACUGGAGUGUAAAAUGGAGCUCGUAGGUGCUACUGGUAUUGAGGAUCGUUUGCAAGAUGGUGUUCCAGAGACCAUUGCUAGGCUACGCGAGGGAGGCCUGAAAGUGUGGGUCCUUACUGGAGACAAACAGGUGGAGAUUUAAGCUGAGAUCGUUGCUAAGUGUAGGGGUCCUGACAACAUUAUUGGGUUACGCGAGAGAGGCCUUGAAGUGCAGGGCCCAGUUGUUUGAAGGCCGAUUGGCGCUAAACCAAGGGUAAAAUUUAAUCUGGGCUUAUUUUUCUUGUAUUCAAAAGCAUUUUCUUGGCUAAUUUUCCCUGUUAUUUUUAGAGCUUCCAAUCAUCAACUUGUAGACAAAAAGAAUUAAAACUGAAACGCUUUUUAAGCUUUCAAAUCUGAAUUCAAAUCUGGCACUAACCCUGGGUUGUCUUAACCCAGCUUUGAACAACUCGGCCCACUUCUUUACGAAAGAGAAACAGAUAGGGUCUUUUGUCUUGAUAUCAUUCCUUACUUGGCGAGAGAACUUUGACAGGUUACACGAUGGAGGACUGAAACUGUAGGACUAGUAUAGAAACAGUAUAUGGAAACGUUGGGUCCAUAGUGUUUACACUAAUGAAACUACUUGGCCUUGUUCCUUCCAAAAAGAAACUGUUGUGUUUGAGAAGACCGGAUUUCACACUUGCAAUCGCACAAUUAAAGCGAUCCGAAAGUAGGAUCGGUCCCUGAGACUAAACCUAUACACUCCAUAGCCUUCAAACUGAAGCAGCCUACCCUUCACCAAAAAUUAGUGCAAACGGGAAGACCGUAAAUACGUAAAUUGUCCUUUCCCGGACAGCCUGUCCGUAAGUAAUUACAGAGACAUUUUAGAACUGCAGUUAUACUAUAGCAUUACGUCCUGCGUUCGUUGCGUUAUGUUUUCACUUAUCCAUGCCCACAUUUGUCCUUAUUAGGAAACAGCAGUCAAUAUUGCUUACUCCUGUAAGCUGUUGGACAACAACAUGCAGAAGGUUAUACUGAACGCAAAAUCCAAGGUGUGUCUUGUACGUAGCGUGUACUUCCGGCGCAAGGUUUUUUUGCUUGUCAGCUGGACAUGUAUACCGUAAACUGAUGUAAAUAUCUUCGUAAGGAGUUUUAGGAGAGCGUGUAAGCGGAGGAGCUUUUAGAAAAAGCGCUUCGAAACAAGCCAUAGCAAUAGUGAUCCUCAAAAUUCGUUUUGAAUUUAAUGCCAUAGUUUUUAAUUAAGCUUCAAAGAGUCAUAAUAAAUCGAAUUUAUUUCAACACUUUUGGAGUGGGGUUUAUAUUUGGGGGGGGGGUUGGGGGCUUAAAAUCGGGUGUAUUUUGUUGUUUACUGGUAGAUGGGCCUAUAACGUUUUUUAAGUGGGGGAGGGGGGAGCCUAUAAGCGGCAGUUUAUGGUACCUGGUACAUUUACAUACGGCUAUCAGUUAUCAUGUGAUUAUCUAUACGUCGUUCUACUUCUAGCACCUUACAUUUCCCUGUUUUAAUUUUCUUUCGAGCUUAGGGUGAAUGCGAAGAUCAAAUCACCUCUUGGCUGGGCCACCUUCAAUCCGAAGUUCUUAGCAUAAGUAGCGACAAUUCCUCCAAUACUGUGUCAGGACAUAUUAGUUCACUUACGACAAACAGUCAGCCUUUAGGUGUAGUGAUUGAUGGACGGACGUUGAUGUAUGCAUUAGACGAUCCUUUGAAUGCGAAGUUCUUGGAUUUAGCACGGCGCUGUCAGGUUGUUCUGUGUUGUAGGGCCACACCCUCACAGAAGGUGAGUUUGAAAACAGUUUUAGCUGUUAUUAAAUCAGAUGUUGACCUCACUUCGUAACUUUUUUUUCGAUCAUGGUUAUCUGUUAUCAAUUGUUCAUCAACUCUUCAACCAAUUCGGAGUUUCGGUUUGAAUGUGAAUGACAAUCUGCGACCACACAGACUACUGUUUAGGACAAAGAACUACGUUGGUGGCACUUUUGCACGACUGCCCUUUGGAACAAUCCUCCCUUCACUUUUUAUUAUCUUGAAUUUUUGUAAUUUCCUUACUAAAGUUUUAGACGCGCCCCCAGCUUUCUGUUACCUCUCCCUCUACUUCCGGCGCCGUGCGUGUUACGAAGACGAAUGAGGACGAGUCAGGCGAAACGACGUGACUCUCGUCACGUAAUUGUGCCAACUCCUAUUAUCUUCCCACGUUUACCCAAAGGACUCGUAGUUACUGGUGUAGUUAAUCUCUUCCCUCCCCAGAAAAAAAGUAAGAGAAAUUUUCACUUGCAUCUAAUUAAUCAAUCUCUAUCAGUCUGCAGUCGUUCAGCUCGUCAGAAGUGGUCUGAAGACAAUGACUUUAGCCAUUGGUGACGGAGCUAAUGACGUAAGCAUGAUUCAAACGGCUGACGUAGGCAUUGGUAUUUCUGGGCAAGAGGGUAUGCAGGCAGUCAUGGCAAGCGACUUUGCUAUUGGGCGAUUUAAAUUCCUAUCUCGUCUCCUGUUGGUUCAUGGGCAUUGGUGCUAUGACCGCAUUACCAAGAUGUUCUUGUAUUUCUUCUUCAAAAAUGCAGUAAGUGAUUGUUAUAACCCAAGAAACAAUGAAACAGAUUAUUUUGCAAGCACCCUAGAGCCUCUUUUUAUCUUCUUCAAGAGGAGAAGAAUCGCGACAAGCCUUUCAGGUCGUCGUAGCUCGAACUUCUGGACUGUUUUCUCUCGUUAAUAUGGUUGUUACCCCUGGUUACGAGAAAGCAUUGAUAAACCGAUGGUCGUAACUGAACCCGCUGUACCAAUCACACGGCUAUUAGGCCUGGCUUCGAAACUGAAUCCUAGCAACAUGCAGCGCAUGCUCAAAAAUCUUACGCUAUUCAAGCAUUAAUUCAAGCAGUUUCAAGCAGACUCUCUCUGAAGUAAGGCAAUAAAAGGGCUCUGCAGAGAGGGUUUUCUUCAACGAAACCGAAAGGAAAUGGCCUUAACCCUUUCACUCAUAUGUAAACACGUGCCCUCGGUUGUAAAAACUGUAUUUUGCGCUGUGAACGGUUUAAAUCACUAUGCAGUGGAUAAGUAUUAGGGAAAGCAACUGCGUUGUCCACUGGAUAUGGAUUUAUCCAGGGGAUAGUGUUGUCUACUUUUUCAACAUCUCGGGCGCUUAUGAUGCAUUGAAGCUUCUUAGUCUGUGUGCGAAAUACUAUGAAUUAAAACCACUGAAUUGAAACCUAUGUGGCAAAAAUUUCGCGUGGUGCAAGUUAUUUUUUCGAUAUUUGACACAAUGAAAUUUAAGUCACAUUUUCCUUCAAUUUUGACUGAUUUCAGAUUUAGGUAGCCUGCGCCAUAACGAAACUAAACUAUGGUUAAGUCCGUCUGCGAAACAGUGCCGGAAUUCCUAUUCUGGGUCCCCUCCAUGUUACCAAGAUUUGGGUACGUACCAUGAUUGGCCUCUCGUUAAAGUAGCCAUUGUCGAUUUUCCAGUCAGUUUAAAGGGAAAUUCAAAAUUCACUUCCGAUAAUUCAUCAAAUUCUUUGGGGGCCCAGAGCGAGGAUCUCGGCGCUGCUUUGCAGACGUUACUAACCGGGGUUAAAUUACGUCUGGGGCACAGGCUAAGAUUUAAAGUUAAGGGAUUGUACGAUCGUUUUAUAGCGGUUGUAACUGCGUGGCUCUUGAUGGGCUUGCCUGUCGUCAGGUACCCUUUGAGCAGAGGCUACAUUCUCGCGGUGUGUACUGGCGUGCGAAAAGUAGCUAAUGUAGCGUCUGCUUACUGGGCAGUCGUCAGGUAGUCGGCUUGCAAAUGGGGUCACCGCAAAGCACUCACGUAAGUUUGCUAUGGAAAAUUCCCGAACACUGUGCAGAGUUUAGGGAAAAUUCUUUACGUUUGCUUGAGUUUACUACCCUUUUUACAUAGCCUGCGAGCAAGCUCUCAAUUUGGAGCAGUCGCGAGAAGUCUCUCGAGAGCAGCACGCGAAAUGAUCUCAAAUAAAUAAAUAAAUAAAUAAAUACCCUAGGCUCUUUCAUACAAAGAAGAAGAGAGGUUACUCGUCAGUCAUAAGUUACCUAAUAUUUUGUUGUUUGCCUUUCAGAUGUUUGUAUUAGUUUUGUUCUGGUUCCAACUGUACAAUGGCUUCUCAGGCUCGAACGCUAUUGAUGACAUCUCUCUCAUUUUCUUCAACCUUCUGUUCACCUCGGUGCCCCCUGUCAUCUGUGCGAUACUUGAUAAAGAUGUCCCUGAUCCUAUACUUACAGCAAAUCCUGAUCUUUAUAAAACCGGACAGAACAGUAAGGUUGGUCAGUCUGUGUUACAAGACGAUAUCAGAGUUGUUAAAGGAGCUGUGUCACGAAAUUUAUCAAAAUUCAAACAUUCAGAACUGCCGUCAUAUUGGGCGAAACAUAAAAAUAACUGCUCAAAACAUUUGAACAAGGUGUAAAUAACCCAGCCUAAACAAACGAAGGCACGGAUGAACAGAUUCAAAGAAGAUUGAAACGAAUUAAGUUGAGGUUUUUAAAGCUUUUUAACCUAAAAGUUUUUUAUAGUUCAUUCUUUUUGUCUGUUACGUUUGAUGUAAUGCUUAGGAGACGUUUGUUUGACAUGAGACAGUGAUGUUGUCAUUUGCCAGUUGUUUUUCUUUGCUAAGGAUAAGUUCCAUUGCGCAUAAGGACAUGUAAUUGGCAGAAUUUUUAAAACUGAUUACCUGGACAGCCGUAACACAACCCCUUUAACAAAAUACGCAUUGUUUGCUGCGCCCUAGAGCGUAAUAAAUAUAUCAGUGUUCUAGUUGAACGCCCAUGUAUGAUCCCAUAUUGAACGCUGAACGUGAACUUUCAAUUGCCUCGUACCCAUUCGUUUCUCUCGCCAUUUAUUCGACGCUGGCAAAGAACGGCGGGACGGCCUUCCCAUGAUGGCUAGUACUUCGUUUGUUUCCAGUCGUUUGCUUUGAUACGCGCGAGGUCUUGCAAUGUGUUUAUCGUUGUUCAAUAAAAAUUUGCAGCUUUUUUAACCUUUACAAGUAUUCAAAGGUUAUCUACGAAUCAGUGGAAUACUGUUAGCAUUUAUUAAUUCAACAAGCUGCGAUAUCACUCACUGUUUGUUGAGCAUUAGAGCUCGGACGAUGUUCAAACUUGUAUAAUCCGCGUUUUAUAGACUGAAAACCUAACUCUAGCUGUCUUUUGAUUGGCACAAUCACAGUAAUUGAUGAUUUUCCUUCCGCUCUCUUUAGCUGUACUCGAGGAAGUGGUUUUGGUUGACCAUUUUAGAUGCCUUUUAUGAAAGCGUGGUGGUGUUUUAUGCCGCGUUUUGGGUAAGUAGUGUUGGUGGAGUCUACAAGUAACCUUUGCUAUUAUUAGGAUACUCUUGUUCUUGUUCUGUUUUAUCAAAACUGUGGUUAAUGUAGUUAAUGAUUGGCCCAGUUUUAAGAUUAGCAAAGGAAAGACGAAAUGGCGGGUGGCGUCAUUUUCAUUAAUUUCGCAAGCUUUUGCUUUAUUUUAUCGUUAACGGUUUUUUGACUAUCAGAAAAGCUAUUUGACUUAAGCGAAAUCCUAUAAUAGAUUAUGCUUUACUUUUUUUUUUUUUUUUUCAUUUUUUCUCUUUUUCAUUUAAGGUCUACAACGGUACCGCAGCAGAUCUGCGAAUGGUUGGAGUGACUCUUCACCAGAGUUCAGUCCUCGUCGCUAAUUUGUAUUUAGCCCUUAUAACAGCGCAGUGGGUGAGUGAAUAAUCUUGGCCAGGCUCUCGGUCAGCGCGGACGGGCGAAUAAAGCGAGCGAACAAUGAAAUAGCGAACGAGAGAAAAAUCGGCGGGAACAGUCCUCCGUCUCUCUCCAGCCCCUACGCAAGUUUUGGGCACCUUUUUUCGAUCCGCUUUCCUCACUAUCUUGGAGCCUGGAACAGGCUAGUGAGUUAACUAGUGAUAGUUCGCAACAAAGCCACGUCUUCUUUCUCGAACAAGUGUGAAGUGUGAAUAAGGGCCUGGGAACGAGUUGUGUCGCCGCGAAGUUACGUCAUGAGUUCACGUAAAAACUCAUAUGUGCGGGGAAGGCCAUGCACUAGGAGGGGGAUGGACCCGGUCCUUUACUUUAGCUGGGUGGUUUCAAAACCCAUGAAAUUGGUGCAGUCGGCCUGUGUGUAAGUCGUAGUGCGUGAUAUAGAAAAAAAAAAUCUCAGCUAGCUUCCAAUUUUGAACUGACACGUACACCGACCAUAUAUGGAGAGCAUGGUAUAAUGGCUCAUAUACCAUGAUGGCUAAGCCAAUCAAAACGCUAGAAUUGUAUUAUCCAAUGACUCACUUUUUAGUAAAAAACAAGACAAACAAGCAAACGUAAAAACUCGUUAGUGAAUGAGGAAGAUGAAAUAAUCACAAAUGUUUUGAGCGUGAGAGCAAAUCAAUUUUACUCGUUUCUUUGCAGACUUUCCUCCAUCACUUGAUUUUGUGGGGCAGUAUAAUUUUGUCUUUUUUGUGGUUCGCCGUAUAUGGUGCCAUAGAAAACAUCUUCUGGGAUAUGUACUAUGUACCAUUUGUUACCAUGGCAACGGUGGAGUUCUGGUCCGUCUGUGCAUUAAGUUCGGUGCUUGCUCUUCUUCCGAGGUAUGUUAGUUUUUCUCCUUUUUGCAUUUAUUUUAAGGAUGUACUCUCCUAUGUUGGAGCAGUGGAAGAUAAAUUCUUAUAUAUUUGCUGUUUACAAAAAAUUGGUAUUGUAAAUUGCAUUGGUCACCGUAAGGAGUGAAAAAGCGACUAAUUCUCUGUUUACAGGCAGCUUUUAACGUUCCUGAAGAAUUAUAAAGAGGUUAACCCUGCCAUGAUUACGAUCUGCCCGCAGAUAACCCAAGCACAGCUCACUAAUGAUGGUCGCUACCAAAUAUUUGUUACGCUCCUAAAAUUUCUUGUAUAUCCCACAGAAUUAGGUUAAAGUCAAAGCUCUUGAGACUUCGCGUCCGGUUGUUUGCCCUCAUCCCCGAAGACCAUUUGUUUGCAGAUUUGAAACAUUAUUGUCAUAAAUGCUAUGCCCAACGCGGCGUUACAUUUAUCGAGUACUGUGAAGUUGGGACCUCUUGUAUAGGAUUACCGUACCCCAGUUCUUCCCCUCUUCCGUGUCUCUUGUGUUCUGCUGUCACGCAACGCCUGUGAGAGAGGGUCCUUUUCUCCUCGGUGUUACGUGACAGGCAGAGAGGGACCGGAGCUUAUUAAGACUAAUGAUACAUCGGCUUUGUCUUUAAAUUGGUCUGUUACAAAGGGUCAGACUGUAUUUCAAGGAUUUCAUUUUCACACUGCAGGUUCGAUGUAGUUAAAUAUCGUCAGAUAUGUGUAGGCGUUGUCAGUGAAUAUUUCAUUUUUAAUACUUAGGUUUGUAAUAAUGGCAACCCAACAUACAAUCUGGCCGACAGAAAUCAACAUCGCCCAGCUACAGUCAAAGCAGCGUAAGAGAGCAAGUCUCGUGGAGCAGAUUCCAGACGAAACAGUUGGCGGGUCUGUGCUCUUGUAGGGCGGUCUGAGGGUGGGGUGUCGGUACACUCAGUCCCUUCUCAAUCUCGUUUCCAGAGCCUUGGUUACCCUUGUCCAGCGUUACGAAUCAUUGGUGCUGACCAAAAGGAUCACAGGCUCUAGGAACAACAUUUUCCUCCCUGAUUACUUUAGGAUCAUCGCCUUGACUCGGCCUUCUGCUCAUUUAAUUUGUGCCUCAAAAUUAUGAAAGGACGGCAUAAAGCAGACAUUUGUACAAGCUACUUAAAAGCCACAGUUUUAUUUAUUACUUCAUAUAUUUUUUUACGGUCUUAGUCUUAUAUUAGCAGUUGAAUACUAAAGGUGAUCAAUCUUUUCCUUCGUGGAACCAGGCAUGUAGUAAGAAGAUAGAUAAAUUACUAAAAAAAGAAAAGAAACAAUUUAAGGUGUUGGUCCGUGAUGGACCGGUCACGAUAAAAGUGAGAUCUUAUGGUUGUUGACUUUUUGGCGGGUAGGGGAUAGGAUGGGGCAGUUACAGUGCCUUUGUCAAUCCUACAAUACAUGUACAAAGGAGAAUAAUGCACGCUCAUUUACUCGAUAUUGAAAGGAAUGAGUAUAGAACUUGAAGAUUUUAGCUUCAUUUGUUUCAAGUUGCUUUUUUCCUACUUUCAAGCCGUCUAUAGUCGAGGACAGCUUCUUUUUAUAAUUUCUUUAAUAAGUUCUCUCUCCACGGGCUUGGAAUAAGAGAGACCCUGGGAAUAAGGUCGAUAACUUUUAAGCCCCAAUAUAUACAUACAAAUUCUCCAGGCCAAUCUCCAAAUAUACAUUUCCUUAAAGAAUAUGUUAUGAGAAUUUUGACAAAAGGUUUAAGUACUUUCGUCCUUAAUACUUGGUCAUCAAUGUUUUGAUUCUUCUAACCUAUUCUCUUGAUAAUUUAUUGAUAUAAUUUGGAGAAAAUUGAUGUUGAUCACUCUAAAAAGGGUGAAGAAAAGAGUAGCAGCUGCUCGGAGGCUGAAAGCCAAUUGGUUUGCUACCCAAACCGGAAAACAAUGGUAAACAAUGAAUUACCAUUGUUUAAAAGAACGAAUCAGGAAAGACCUUACGAGCAGCUCCUACAUCACCAAGAAAAGAUGAAGCAGAACGAAGUAAUACAAUGUAACAAAUGAUAGUCAAAUAAGCUGAUUCAGUACGACAUUUCGUUUGAUCGCUACGAGGUUCUAUAGACCGUUAGGUAGUAUAGACUACAUGUAUUUAACAAUUAUUCCUCGAGCCUUCGGCCUCGUGGGCUAUUGACUCAGAGGCCAUAAGGGCGAGAGGAAUAAUUAUUUUAGUAAAAUCCAACUAGUUGGUCAAAAAUAUCGAGAAUAAAAAAAUUUUAGCUAGUUAAAGCUAGACUUUAAUCCUUUUUUGCCGCCAAGAAGCCCGUGCCUUUCGCUACUAGUGGGCUAUAACAUAUAGCCUAGUAGUAGCUCAACCAAUCAGAACACAGCAUUGAUAAUAGACCACUAGUUGGAUUUUACUAAUAUGUUUUGGUUUCUACUAGAUCUAAAAUUUACGAUAUAAAAUACGAAUUUAUCACAUACAUAAAGCAGAUUUAAUACAUAAAUUUUAAAUUUAGCAAAGUUCUUGGUUUAGAACUAAAUAAAGGAUAAUUAUGGGAUAGACUCCUAUUGCUCCAGUGAUGAGAUAUGAGAUGACACUAGUUCACGUACUGAUGUUAUUUCUUUUCUUAACCUUACUUCCAUAAACACCGUGAG